CCAAACAAACGCAAGGAAAACAAAAUGAGCGUUCGAAAAUUUGAGGGAAAAACACAAGAAAAAAAAGAGAAAUUGAGAAGGAAAAAACACCGAGACAGCCGGAGGAGAAGCCGAGGCGCCGCCGUGGCAGUGCCGCGCACGGCAACCCAACCCAACUCCGGUCUCUAUUUGAACUCGCGGACGCACCAAUCCCAAGCGCGAAUCGGAAUACGGAUCGAGGAGGGUGCGAAAUGCCGCCUCCCGCGCCGAUGCUCCUCACCGUGGCAUCCGGCUCUACCGCGCUGUCGCUGACGCUGACCCUGGACCGGAGGCGGGUUCCGCUCCGGGCGCCACGGAAGGGUCGGCUGCUCCGGCCGGCGAGGAUUCGCGCGGCCGCGGCGAUAGGCGAAGAGUUCGGCGGCCUCGGCCGGCGCCGCGUCGUCGCCGGGGAGUUCAUCGAGCGGCUGCGGAACGUGCUACCCGGCGGCAGCUGGUGGCGCCUCGAGGACGGCGAGGAGGCCGGGGACGGGGGCGGCCGCGCCGAGGGGAGCGGGACCACGGCGGUCUCCGUGCUCAGGCGGAUGUGGGGUCUCGUCGCCGCCGACCGCUGGGUCGUGUACUCCGGCUUCGCGUCCCUCGUCGGCGCUGCGCUUUCGGAGAUCGCUAUACCCCAUCUCCUCGCGGCGUCCAUUUUCUCUGCGCAGAAUGGAGGGGCGGUGUUCUACCGAAAUGCCAAGCUUCUACUUGUCCUAUGUCUGAUUUCGGGAGUGUUAAGUGGUCUGCGAAGCUGCUGUUUUGGUGUUGCAAACAUGAUAUUGGUCAAACGGAUGAGAGAAAUGCUAUUUGAUUCCAUUCUUUCUCAGGAUAUUUCCUUUUUCGAUGAAGAAACUGUGGGUGAUCUGACAAGUAGGCUUGGUUCCGACUGCCAGCAAGUGUCGCGUGUUAUAGGCAACGACCUUAACUUGAUUUCACGCAAUUUACUUCAGGGUGCAGGUGCCUUGAUUUAUCUGCUAAUCUUAUCUUGGCCUCUUGGAAUGUGCACACUGCUUAUUUGUGCAACAUUAUCAACAAUUAUGCUAGUUCAUGGACGGUUUCAGAAAAGAGCAGCUAAAUUUGCUCAGGAGUUCACAGCAAGCGCCAAUAAUGUUGCUCAAGAGGUGGUAACUUUGGUUAGGACAGUGCGGGUAUAUGGAACAGAAAAACAAGAGUUCAAAAGGUAUGCAAAGUGGCUUGAUAAACUGUAUGAUGUAAGCUUUCGGCAGACGGUGGCUUAUGGAGGCUGGAGCUUGAGCUUGAACUAUCUGUACCAUUCUACUCAGGUCAUUGCAGUGGUGAUUGGAGGAGUAGCUAUCAUGUCUGGGAAGUUAACUGCCGAGCAAUUGACAAAAUUCAUACUCUAUGCUGAAUGGCUGAUUUUGUCCACAUGGUGGAUUGGAGACAACUGGUCCUCCCUGAUGCAGUCUGUCGGAGCAAGUGAAAAAGUAUUUCGUUUGAUGGAUCUCCUGCCCAGCAAGCAGCUUACCUCUGAAGGACUCAAGUUACAGAAGUUGGAAGGGCAAAUUCAGUAUGCUGACGUAUCAUUUUCAUAUCCAUCAAGAUCUACGGUACCAAUUUUGGAAAGAUUGAAUCUUACGCUGAAUCCAAAUGAAGUAGUUGCCAUUGUUGGUCUUAGUGGAAGUGGCAAGAGUACUAUAGUCAAUUUGCUACUUCGACUAUACGAACCUACAAAUGGGCAAAUAUUAGUUGAUGGUGUCCCACUCACUGAGCUUGAUAUCAGAUGGUUCAGGGAAAGAAUUGGCUUUGUUGGACAGGAACCACGCUUAUUCCGAAUGGAUGUUAGUUCUAAUAUAAAGUAUGGUUGCCCAAGAGAAGUCAGUCGUGAAGAAGUGGUGUGGGCUGCAAAGCAGGCCUAUGCUCAUGAUUUUAUAAUGUCUCUGCCCGACGGUUAUAACACCAUUGUUGAUGAUGCUCUUCUUAGUGGAGGUCAGAAACAACGUGUUGCUAUUGCCAGGGCCCUUCUGAGGGACCCAUCCAUCUUACUACUUGAUGAAGCCACUAGUGCACUUGAUGCCGAGAGUGAACAUUAUGUGAAGAGUGUCAUCACAAAAGUUAGUAGAGACUCAAAGACUAGAAGAACCGUGCUCAUCAUAGCACACAGGUUAUCUACGAUUCAAGCAGCUGAUAGAAUUAUUGUGAUGGAAAACGGUGGUAUUGUGGAGGAUGGUAAACACAGUGAGCUUAUUAAGAAGGAUGGUUUGUAUUCAAGACUAGCUAGGCGACAAAAUGACGAUCUCGAGUAGACCUGAAAUCACAGAAGGUGGUUUACUCCACUCCCUUUUUACUCAGUGGAAUGACAGGUAAUGAGAGUCGUCUGUCACUGGUGGGAUUCUUUACAAGGACUGACCUGGACCCGGGACUGGAGGUCGAAUAAAAUUGCAAUUGUAUUUACAACUAAUUGAACUAAAUUAUAAUGGUGUUCCUCACGAAGAGGAGCAAGACAAAGUCGACAUCUGGCACGGCAGUAUGGAGAGCAGACUUCCAGUAGUUCGUAAAGAAGUUGGUCCGCUACAUUUCGUCAGAUCCAACAUGUAACUACAAAUGUGUAGGCAUUUUGAUCCUACUAUCGGAAACUCUGUACUCUGUAACUUACUUUUACACUGAGAAAAUGCUCCAAUUAUGUACGAUGUGUUUGGUCA